AUGACGCUGCUACCUGCUGCAGCCAAUACCGAACCUCCUUCGCUUCCCCCUCAGGCGCUCACGGUGGCUGAUGGUUGCAGGGAUGCAGCAGCUAUGCUGCUGGAUGGGUCAACUUGCCCCCUUGCGGAGCUUAUGGCUUCAUGGGGCAAGACUGAACACGGUGAAAGAUCCUUUCAAACGUGGUGCAAGCAGCGAUGCCGAAUUCAGCCUGGCCAAAUACAGCUCACUUUGAAAACCGACGAGGGUGGCACACGAAAAAACCAUGCGGUUCUCUGGCCCUGGGACAUCCUCAAUUACCUCUACACCAACGACAAAUUGGGCACCUGGAUUUAUGACCCGCCGGAACGUGCAUCUUUCCACAUCAAGGAGUAUUGGCGAAAUGUGCAGCACCUGGACUUUUACCCAAAACUGGGGAUUCGGGAGGAAGACUGGCCGCACUGUAUUCCGCUUUCCUGGCAUGUGGACGGGGUAAAGGUGUAUCGGUCGCAGAAAGCAUGGGUGUAUAGUUUUGGCUGCUGCACCCGCAAAGGGCCUUCGAUCGACACGAAGCUGUUAUUCCUUUUGUUCCGGGAACAGGAAAUGAUGAAGCCUGACACCCACGACGAAGUUGGGGUCAUUAUCGCUUAUGUGAUGCGCGUGCUCAUGACAGGUAUGUUUCCUGACGUUCAGUGGGAUGGUGCUCCCUGGCCAUCGAACAGUUUGGAAUCGAAGAGAGCUGGCCAGCCCUUCGCCGGAGGUUGGCGUGCAUGCUUCGCUGCUUUCAAAGCAGAUCUGGAGGCUCGGGCGAUGGUUCACAAAAUGGUGAGGAACUGGAGUUGCAACAGCAUCUGUGAGCAUUGUCUUGCUUCGAAGUUGCCAGAACUGAGCUAUGGUGACUUCAGUGACGGAGCUUCCUACCUGCAAUUCAUGUUCACUCAUGAUGAGUUUUUGGAGCUGAACCCUGCGCAUCGCCAGUCUUCAUGGAUCAAC